AUGGCAUCCUGCAACCUCUCCUCAUGCAACCUUUCCUCUUCCGUUUCAAUUUCUUCAUUCCCCUCUAAUGCCGCCCGCAGAAGAGCUUCCAACACCGUCGCCCUCACCCGGAAGAACCGGAACCCUAAGGUCUCCGCCAUGGCCAAGGAAUUGCGUUUCAACAAAGAUGGCUCUGCUAUCAGAAAACUCCAGAAUGGUGUGAACAAGCUUGCGGAUUUGGUUGGUGUUACUCUUGGACCUAAAGGCAGGAAUGUUGUUCUUGAGAGCAAGUAUGGUUCGCCCAAAAUUGUUAACGAUGGUGUCAUUGUCGCUAAAGAGUUUGAAUUGGAGGAUCCGGUUGAGAAUAUUGGUGCUAAAUUGGUGAGACAGGCAGCUGCCAAGAGAAACGACUUGGCUGGUGAUGGAACUACUACUUCUUUUGUUUUGGCUCAGGGCCUUAUUGCAGAAGGCGUCAAGGUUGUUGCAGCUGGUGCAAACCCUGUGCUCAUCACACGUGGAAUUGAGAAGACAGCGAAAGCUCUUGUGGCUGAACUUAAACUGAUGUCAAAAGGAGGUUGA